AUGGCCGCCACUACACACUGGUCUCCUCUGGCUGAUCUGCUGGCUGACGCCGGCAGCGCCACGACCCUGCUUCGCCUGGUGCCGGUCGUCUUGUUGGGUGGUGGCCUCUUGGUAUACAUCAUCGCACGUACAGCGCUAUUCAUUAAAGACUAUAUGCGUAUCAGUCGUGCCCUUGCUAAGAUUCCGACAGCUCCGGGUUCGCUGCCUUUGCUGGGGAAUGUCAUUCCAAUGAUCACCUGCGUCCGGCGGAACAUUGGUGCAUGGGAUCUGAUGGAAGAGUGGCUUGACAACACGGGCCCUAUUGUCAAGUUCAGCAUCUUGGGAACGCAAGGCGUCGUGUUCCGCGACCCAAGCGCGCUGAAGCGCGUCUUCCAAACCGGGUACAAAAUGUACGAGAAAGACCUGGAUGUCUCCUACCGUCCCUUCUUGCCAAUCUUGGGGAGCGGUCUUGUCACGGCCGACGGCGCGCUGUGGCAGAAGCAGCGUAUGCUCAUGGGCCCUGCGUUGCGUGUCGAUGUGCUGGACGACAUCGUCACAAUCGCCAAGAAGGCCGUUGACCGACUAUGCGAGAAACUCGCCCACCACGCUGGAAAGGGCCAAUCGGUCAAUAUUGAAGAGGAAUUCCGCCUGCUAACUUUGCAGGUCAUUGGCGAGGCCGUACUGAGCAUGGCUCCAGAGGAGUGUGAUCGGGUGUUCCCCUCCCUGUACCUUCCCGUCAUGAACGAGGCCAACCACCGGGUGCUGCGGCCGUACAGGAUGUACCUGCCCACGCCCGAGUGGUUCCGUUUCCGUACCCGCAUGUCGCAACUGAACGAAUACCUCAUUGAUCUGUUCAGGCGCCGCUGGGAGAGCCGCCAGAGGUUAGGACGCCAGAAGCCAGCCGACAUCCUAGACCGGAUCAUGGAGGCCAUCGAGGAGUCCGGGGCCAAGUGGGACGCAGCCUUGGAGACCCAGCUGUGCUACGAGAUCAAGACCUUCUUGCUGGCGGGUCACGAGACCAGCGCCGCCAUGCUGACGUGGUCCACAUUCGAGUUGGCCAUGAACGAGAAGGCCACCAACAAGGUGCAGGCGGGCGCCCCGGGGGGCUGCGGGCGGGUGGUCCUGCGGGUGGUUUCGGAGGCGGAGGCGGCCUUCGGUCUUCGCUCGGAAAAGGAGGCCAACCGUCGCAACGUUGAUGAGAUGAUCUUCACGCUGGCAGUGCUCAAGGAGGCCCUCCGCAAGUACAGCGUGGUGCCCGUGGUCACCCGCAAAUUGGUGCGUGGAAGUGGGGCGGCGGACGACCCAGUGGGCGUUUUGGGUCACCCCCUACCUAAGGGCAUCAUGGUCGCCUGUCAUUUGCAGGGGACACACCGGCUGUACGAGGCGCCUGACGAAUUCCGGCCGGAGCGUUUCAUGCCGGAGGGCGAGUACGACAGCUUUGAUGACGCGAUCCGGGCCUACAUGUUUGUGCCUUUUAUCCAGGGUCCUCGUAACUGCCUGGGGCAGCACCUGGCGCUGCUGGAGGCCCGCGUGGUGCUGUCCCUGCUGCACAAGCGCUUCAAGUUCCGCGUCGUGGACGGGGACAAGGUGACUCGCAUGCCCACAGUCAUCCCGGUCGGACCCACCGGGGGUCUCAAUGUGGUUCUGGAGCAACGCACCGACGCGCAAGCAAAGUCCUGUUGGGAUCCCCCCUUUUUGCCGGUGCGUGCCUGGUGGGUGAGGGUGGGGACCCACAGGGGGGAUCUGGCCUCUCGUGUGCGACAGAGGCAGCUAGCGCACGGAAGGGGCGGCGCUAUGUUGGGGCGGCGACAGGCAGGCAUCACGUCACGUACGUACGAAUGUGACCUCCAUUUCAUGGCCUUGAGCCAUGCUGCCACUUCAGAGGGUGUAGCUGCUCUGGUGGUGGCCGCGAAGCCGCCCAGAUACCCCAAUACGGUUACCUGA